GAAAUAUCCGACACUUCUUCUUCCUCAAGAUCAUUUGAUUGUGCAUCAUAAUGAAUAAGAGUCACCUUUUCUAGAAACAUCGUCUCAUAACGUAUUUGUGUCGGGAAAAAGACUCAUAGGGUAGGUCAGCUGGUCAUGGAUCACACAUGACUCUAACUGCUGAGCAUCACUGCCUCAAGUUGUCGCAGACGUUAAAAUGGCAAUAUAUAGCAGCCUGAUCCUUCCCAUAAGUGGGAGUGCUUGCUUUGCGAAACUUCAUUGCUACUAGGUCACUAUUCGAGAUUACUGCAAAGAUUUGGCUCACCAUUCUCUGACACCGUUUUUGUUCCUCUUUGUCUACUCUGAGAACGAAGCUGCAGUGUGCGCCCUGGCACCCGAAGCUCUACGAAUGCCUCACAAUCACCGAAAACCAACUUUGUCUCGAGAGUCCUCCUCUAGCUCUACCCAAUCUUCACGCUCAUCAGGCAACCGAAAACGUUCGCACAAAAUGUCAAGGAACUCUCGAUCACAACGACAUCAUACACGAGAUAGAGAAGAUAGACAGAAGAAAGAUGUCGAAGACGGGGUAGUCGGCGUAGGGAAGCGCGUUUAUAAGACAGUUGAGAAACUCGAGAAUCCAGUGAAGAAGCUCGGCAAGCUUGUUCUUUGGAGUGCCCCGUUAAUCCUUGCUGGGCUAGAGGUACGACAUGAAUGGCAUCAUCAUAUACACAAGAGAAGAAUGAUGGAGAAAGAGUACGAGAAGGCACAUCUGGAAAUACAAUUACAAAAGGAGAAGGAUGGGAAGAAAGAGGGCAUUACGGUGGAGGAAACGAAGAGUCAUGGUCCGACACAAGAAAGAGAGAAGGAUUCAGCAGCUACACCUGCACCUACUUCUGAAGAGGUGCAUAUCCUGCCUUAUCCUGUACUAGUCGAUCGACAGGGCGAAUACCCAAGACGCCACCCUACGCGGCGAGAACUAGAAGAGAGGGAUCCCUAUUUGUUACCUCCCAUAGCUCCCGAAGCGCCAUGUCAAGAUAUGUGGGAGAUUAGACAACCAAGGAUUCGAGUGAAACAACCAGGCUCUAGAGAAGUCCACUUUCCUCAAGUCCGUUCGCGUUCCGAGUCUGUUUAUGAAUAUAGGCGUUGGUAGAUUGUGAAGGGGCUUUCUUUUCCUUCUUUAUAUGGCAUUUGAUUUUAUUUGGAGCGUUCAGCGAUGUUAGACUUUGAAGUUUUGUCGAUUAGACUUCAUUCUUCAUACCCUUUGUCAUACUUUUACCUAGUUUAUAUACCCAUUUAAUCAUGUUCUUCAGUCAUUAGUACUGGUGUUGGCUUGAUUGCUUUUGUUUUAAGCUACUUGUAAUUUAGAUCGUAUACUACUUAGUUCAACCA